UAAAUAUUUAGGCUUGAAUUCACUGUUUAUUGGAACAAAAAGAAAGAGUAAUUUUGUUGACAGUCAACUGUGUCAACGCGACAGAAACAACAUUACUCCAGGAAAUAAGCGGACUGUCCUUAACAUCGGAUUAUUACUAUCUUUUCAAUCAAUUGUGGGGUGUUUUCUUAAACAAAGGUUUAAACUUUAUACACUUUCUGUUUGUUUCCAAAUAAUUUUCCCCCAAAAUCUUUCCAUCUUCUCUGCCCACUAUGUGUCAACGAAGAGUCACGGCCAGUUUCAGACAGGACGCAGUAAUUACUAUGGCCCUUUCUGAAACCCGGCUGUAAAAAAAGUUUAAGAGGGCCACUAGGAAAAAUUUGGGAGGGGAGAAAAAAGGGAUAAUCUUGUUUUAAGGUGAAAAUCAUCAGGUCUUCAAAACGGCUGUUCCUUACGGUAGAGUGAGUGGCGCAAGCCAUAAGCUUGUUAGAGUUGCAGAAGCCAUGGCUUCAGCUUCAUCAAUGGGGUUUACUGCUACUUCUUCUAAGACCACCGCCCCUUUUAAGCUGCCGCCGCCGCGGCGGCUGCGGCGAACUUAUUCCUGCUCUUGCCGUUCUUCAGGUCCUCAGCGAAAUACUUCUUCCCGCUCGUUUUGGGCAGCUUCUAACCGUGGCUUUUUCAGGUCUGUACGACGCUAUUCUAAUCCGAUUUACAGCAGUUGGGUUGACGAGACUGUGGAUUAUAGAAGAAGCAAAGAAGCAUAUAUUGCUGAACGGGGAGGCUCAGAAGUAGAGAAGAGAAUUGCAAGUUGUAAUUUGCCUUGCAUCCCACAGAAGUUUCAUGAUUUGACUUCUUCUUCAGUAACUCAGAGCCAACUCAAUGUUACUGAGACUGAAAUUGCACCAGAUAAAAUCGAGGAGAGGUUUCCAAGUACCGUUAUCCCCUAUAUACCAGAUACUCAAGAAAUUACAUUAGAUAGGCAGUUGAAUGUUCAUUCUAGGACGACGCAACCAAAACCUAUCAAACCUAGUCCCUCACAACCUGUAGUAGUUGUCAAACAGGAAAGAGCUUCCGUAGUGAAUGAGGGCAAUGGUUCAAAUCUUUAUGAGAGGCUAUGUUCUAUAUCAGAGAAUGUUCUGGUAGUGGAUUCUGUACCUGCAGCUAAGGCAGUCGUGUCACUACUUACGCACGAAUACAGAGAUCGGAUCCAUGCAUGUGACACAGAGGUAUCGAAGAUUGACGUUAAGCAGGAAACCCCAGUCGAUCAUGGGGAAAUCACAUGCUUUAGUAUAUACUCUGGACCAGAAGCUGAUUUUGGUAAUGGAAAGUCUUGCCUCUGGGUUGAUGUUCUAGAUGGUGGUGGAAACGAUAUUUUGGCAGAAUUUGCUCCCUUUUUUGAGAACCGUUCCAUUAAGAAAGUGUGGCAUAAUUAUAGCUUUGACAACCAUGUUAUAGAGAAUUAUGGGAUUAAACUUGCUGGCUUUUUUGCUGAUACAAUGCACAUGGCGCGACUGUGGAAUUCAUCCAGAAGAUUGGAAGGUGGAUAUUCUUUGGAAGCACUUACCGGCGAUGUCCGUGUCAUGAGUCACGCAAAUUUGGGCCCUGGUGAAGAGUUGAUUGGUAAGGUGUCGAUGAAAACAAUUUUUGGCCGCAGAAAAGUGAAAAAAGAUGGUUCUGAGGGUAAGGUUAUCACCAUCCCUUCUGUGGAAGAGCUCCAAAGGGCUGAGCGCAUCCCUUGGAUUUGCUAUUCUGCAUUGGAUUCAAUUAGCACAUUUAGACUCUACGAGAGUUUGAAACAUAAAUUGUCCAAUACCGAGUGGAAGCUGGAUGGAGCUACGAGAGGAACAAUGUUUGACUUCUACCAACAAUAUUGGCGGCCAUUUGGUGAGCUUCUCGUGAAAAUGGAAGCAGAAGGGAUGCUGGUUGACCGUGAGUACCUUGCUGAAAUUGAGAAGGUGGCCAAGGCAGAGCAAAAGAUUGCUGCUAAAAAAUUUCGCAACUGGGCUGCGGAGUAUUGUUCUGAUGCUUAUCAUAUGAAUGUGGGAAGUGACGCUCAACUACGCCAGCUCUUCUUUGGUGGCAUUCAGAACAAAAAGAACCCGGAUGAGACUCUUCCAGUAAAGAGGGAGUUCAAAGUGCCAAACAUUGACAAAGUAAUUGAAAAAGGAAAGAAAGCCCCAACAAAAUUUCGUACCAUUACCCUGCAUAGGAUUUUUGAUGAGCCAAUGAAGACGGAUUUGUACACAGCCAGUGGUUGGCCCUCUGUUAGCGGAGAUGCUUUGAAAGCACUUGCUGGGAAUGUUUCUGAUGAAUAUGACAUCAUUUAUGAAGAUGUGGAAUUGCAGUCUGACGAUUGCAUCACUGCGUCCGAAGCGAAUGAAACCAAUGACAUGGAUAAAUUAGCUGGUUCUGUGAUUGGAGGAGAGCAAGGAAUUGAGGCUAGCCAUGCCAUUUCUGCUUUAUGUGAAAUUUGCUCAAUUGACUCUUUGAUAUCCAACUUCAUCCUACCUUUGCAGGGGGAUCAUAUAUCAGGCAAGAAUGGACGAAUUCACUGUUCUCUUAAUAUUAACACCGAAACUGGACGACUGUCAGCUAGGCGACCAAAUUUGCAGAACCAACCUGCUUUGGAGAAAGACAGGUAUAAGAUUCGUCAAGCCUUUAUAGCUGCACCAGGGAACUCCUUGAUUGUCGCUGACUAUGGGCAGCUGGAACUUCGAAUUCUUGCACAUCUGGCCAACUGCAAGAGCAUGUUGCAUGCUUUUGAAGCUGGUGGAGAUUUCCAUUCAAGGACAGCAAUGAACAUGUAUCCACAUAUUCGAGAGGCCAUUGAAAAGAAGCAUGUGCUUCUUGAAUGGUAUCCUCAACCUGGUGAAGAGAAGCCUCCAGUUCCCUUACUGAAGGAUGCAUUCGCAUCUGAAAGAAGGAAAGCAAAGAUGCUCAAUUUCUCCAUAGCUUAUGGGAAAACUGCUGUGGGCCUUGCUCGUGAUUGGAAGGUUUCUGUUGAAGAAGCUAGAAAUACUGUCGAUCUCUGGUAUAGUGACAGGAAAGAAGUGCUGAAAUGGCAAGAAGACCGCAAAGCUGAAGCUCGUUCGAGUAACCGUGUCCAUACAUUGCUGGGUAGAGCACGGCGGUUUCCUUUACAGAAAAAUGCUAGUGCAGGACAGAAAAAUCAUAUUGAUCGAGCUGCAAUCAACACGCCAGUUCAGGGAAGUGCUGCAGAUGUUGCUAUGUGUGCCAUGUUGGAGAUUUCAAAGAAUGAACAAUUAAAGGAGCUUGGUUGGAAGUUGCUUUUGCAGGUUCACGAUGAAGUUAUCCUUGAAGGUCCAACAGAGUCAGCAGAGAUUGCCAAAGCCAUAGUGGUUGAAUGCAUGUCGAAACCAUUUGAUGGUAAGAAUAUUCUUAAGGUCGAUUUAGCUGUUGAUGCCAAGUGUGCACAAAACUGGUAUGCUGGCAAGUAGGUGAUGUUAUCAAUAGAGUAUGUUGUAGCUGCGCCGAUUCCUCCCCACCAUGAAGAGCUCGGGGUGAUAUUGGAUGUACCCAUCAACUUUCUCCAUGUCUAACAUAUUCUCUGCUGAAGAUCCUCCAUUUUUGUUAACAGAACUUUUGUUUAUUCUUCGAUUUGGCGGUUGCAGUAGGAAGCCUGGAUAUGUUUUGUAUAUAAAGAAAAUUCCUCGUGAGUGUUGUAUAUAUAAAUCGUCAAUUCUUUGAUGUUGUAGUUGAUUAUGUUGCUUUCGUGGCAAUUUGACAUCUUCCCCCACAAUUUUGGUAGAGAAACUCUUUCUGUGGGAGAAUUUUGUCGUGUAUCUACAUCCUAGUGGCUGACGAAAUUGAUCUAUGUUGGCGUUUCCCUCGACUUGAAGUUGAUUCACGAAAGGCAAAAGAAAUUACUUCACUUAUUUUGUAAGCUUUUCCAUGCCUUGGUGAUUUUUAAACUGAAUUUUUUACGCCUACAAUGAGUGCACAAUCUCAGGCCUGUCAGUGCUGUCACCUGUGCCUUGCCCUCUACUCCUUUCCAUCAGGAACAAAUGGGGCAGCUGAUUUGCAUGGAGUAAACUGUUCUU